AUGUCACUUCGAAAAGUAAUUGUCUUCGAUUCGAAAUCGUAUGAUGAAAAAACUUUUAAAGCUGCAUUGAAAAACUUAAAUGGGCAAAAUAAACUUCGUUUUACAUUCUUGGAAAGUAAAUUAACCGAGGAAACUGUUGAUGAAGCACUUGGUUACGAUGCUAUUUGUGUUUUUGUCAACGAUGUUGUUAAUCAAAAUGUUAUCGAACAGCUACACAAAACAUGUGACACAGUGAAGAUGAUUGCCUUACGAUGCGCUGGAUUUAACAAUGUUCAUUUGGAAACAGCGGAAAAAUAUGAUCUGAAAGUUUCACGUGUACCACGUUAUUCACCUUUAGAUGGAUUAGUCGGUAUUGAUUUAUUUGGCAAAACGGUGGGAAUUAUCGGAACUGGAGGUAUUGGAAUGUGUGCGAUUAAUAUUUUUCUUGGCUUUGGUUGUACAGUGCUAGCAUAUGAUAUUUAUCCAAAUGAAAACGCGGCAAAGGAAAAAGGUUUUGUAUAUACAACAAUGGACGAACUGCUACGAGAAAGUGAUGUCGUUUCAAUCUAUGCACCAUUACUUGAUUCAACAUAUCAUCUGAUUAAUAAGGAGGCUUUGGAUAAGAUGAAACCGAGAGCGAUGUUGAUUAAUACAAGUCGAGGUGGUUUAGUUGAUUCGAAAGCUCUUCUCGAAUGUUUGAAAUCAGGCAAAUUACGAGGUGCAGCAUUAGACGUUUAUGAAAAUGAAAAACAAUAUUUCUUCAAUGAUUACAGUCAACAAGUUAUGGAAGAUGAUACACUCGCACGUUUAAUUUCAAUGCCGAAUACAAUUGUUACAUCUCAUCAAGCAUUUCUUACGGAAGAAGCUUUGAAAAACAUCGCUGAAACCACUGUACAAAGUUUAUUGGAUUUCUUCGAUGGCAAACCAUUGCAUGAGAAUAAUGAAGUCAAAGCACCGCCGAAAAAAUGA